UGCUAGAUGUUAAUGGAAGUUGAUGCAGUGCAGGCUUGAUUGGCUAGUAAUUUAAUUGCGACCCGUAUAUUUGCAAUGAUUUUCGCGAAUUGAAGAUAAAUUUUUAACAACUCGAAGCGCACGGACGUUUUUCUUUCAGUUUCUGUAGCAUUUGUUUCUCAUUUGAUAUAAACAGGCUUUAAUGCCAAUCGACGAUGAAUAAGAUGACGUGUGGCCCUUAAUUUCAAAGUUAGUGGACUUGGAUCCUCUGCAACAAUUCCUUCCAAGCUGAGGUAUCAGAUGGAAUGUGGAGACAAAGUUAACUCCAAACUGUCUGUAUUUUCCUAAGGCCGUGAUGCGGUGGUCGGAUGCAUGUGGCAGCUAGGGAAAGCCUUGCUUGCAGCAUGCGCAAGCGCAGGGUGGUGGUUUUUUCCAUUGCCUGCUGCCUUCCUGCCCUCUUUCUACUGUACCUGGCAUCUUCCGACGAAGACUUGGGAGCCGACAACUUCUUGGGUUUCACUCGCAGGGAAGCAAAGCUUGCGGAGCGUGUCCGGGAAGUAGAAGAACAGAACCAGCUGCUUCGACGACAGUUGAGUAUAUCUCAAAACCACCUUCUGAGUGUCAUGUCAGCUGAAACUCAGCAGAAUGAUUCCCAGACUUACGGUAUAAAAGAGGAAGAAAGUAGUCAGAAAACUGUUGUCUGUGUAAACCAAGAACCGGAAGUGCCCAAGUGUGAAGUGAUUCACAUAGCCAUCGUCUGCGCAGGAUAUAACUCCAGUCGAUCCGUCGUCACCCUCAUCAAAAGCAUUCUUUUUUACCGUAAAAAUCCCUUGCAUUUCCAUUUUGUUGCAGACUCUGUUGCUCAGCUCAUUUUGCAGACUCUUGUGUCAUCUUGGAAUGUUCCUGGGGUUGAUGUUAGUUUUUAUUUGGCGGAUAAUCUGCAGACAGAAGUAUCAUGGAUUCCCAACAAGCAUUACUCUGGUGUUUAUGGUCUUAUGAAACUGGUAUUACCCAGAGCAUUGCCAGAUACUUUAGAAAAGGUUAUUGUUUUAGAUACUGAUGUCACUUUUGCAACUGAUAUUGCGGAAUUAUGGCGGAUCUUUAGGAAACUUUCUACAAAACAGGCAAUAGGACUUGUUGAGAAUCAGAGUGAUUGGUACUUGGGCAAGCUAUGGAAGAAUCACAGACCGUGGCCAGCCUUGGGCAGGGGUUUUAAUACUGGUGUCAUCCUCCUGCAUUUAAAAAAAUUGCGGGAGCUUUCUUGGAUGCAGAUGUGGAGACUAAUUGCUGAAAAAGAGCUACUCAGUAUGCUUUCUACGUCAUUAGCAGAUCAAGAUAUUUUUAAUGCUGUUUUGAAACAGCACCCCUACCUCAUUUAUAAACUUCCUUGUCAGUGGAAUGUUCAGCUGAGUGAUAAUACUCUUAGUGAAAUUUGUUAUACUGAAGUCCAGGAUUUAAAAGUAAUUCAUUGGAAUUCACCUAAGAAACUAAAAGUAAAAAAUAAACACGUUGAGUUUUUUAGAAAUUUAUAUUUAACAUUUUUGGAAUAUGAUGGUAAUUUAUUACGGAGGGAGUUAAUUGGCUGCAAUAAUAGUAAAGUAACACAUGUUCAAGAAGCUCUGAAUGCCAUAGAUGAAGAUGAUUCAUGUUAUGAGUUCAGAAGAGCUCGAGUUGUCAAGCAUCGCACACAUUUGUAUUACAUCGAAUAUGAUUAUGAACCCACUCCUGAUGGGAAUGAUGUGACUUUAGUUGCUCAGUUAUCUAUGGACCGACUACAGAUGGUUGAAGCACUUUGUAAACACUGGGAAGGGCCAAUUAGCUUAGCAUUGUAUAUGUCAGACUCAGAAGUUCAACAAUUUCUGAGUUACACUCUCAGCUCCGAAAUUCUUAGCAGCAGGAAGAAUCUUGGUUAUCAUAUUGUAUAUAGAGAUGGGCCAUUUUAUCCCGUCAACUUGUUACGGAAUGUCGCUCUUCAGCAAGUGACUACUCCAUUUGUAUUUCUGACAGACAUAGAUUUCCUUCCUAUGUAUGGGCUCUAUGAGUACCUCAAGAAGUCAGUAGCUUCCAUGGGUUUGGAAUCAUCUAUGAAGGCUUUGAUAGUCCCUGCUUUUGAAACACAGAGAUAUCGCUUAACAUUCCCAAAAUCGAAAGCAGAACUCCUUUCCAUGCUGGACAUGGGAACUCUUUUUACUUUUAGGUAUCAUGUAUGGACCAGAGGUCAUGCUCCUACUAACUAUGCCAAAUGGAGGACGGCCACAACACCGUAUCGGGUGCAGUGGGAACUGGAUUUUGAGCCCUAUAUUGUAGUCCGUAGAGAUGUUCCUGAAUAUGAUCGUCGAUUUGUGGGAUUUGGCUGGAACAAAGUCUCACAUAUAAUGGAGCUAUAUGCCCAAGGGUAUGAAUUUGUAGUGCUUCCAAAUGCAUUCAUUGUGCACAUGCCCCAUGCUCCCAGUUUCGAUAUUGCCAAAUUUCGAUCGAGUUCACAGUAUAGGAAGUGUUUGAAAGUAUUGAAAACCGAAUUUGUGAGAGAUAUUUCUCGUCGGUAUGGCAAACAGUUUUCAGCUGAGAAGAAGAAGCUUUCCAGAUAACACCAGACUGUUUUGUUUUUACUCCAUGCACAGUUGUCAAAUAAUUUUGACUUAACAAAAGACUAACUAAACUAAAGGGAAUUUUAACUGAAGCUGUCUAAAAGAAAGAGGAAAAACCUCUCUGUAUCAGUAGAUUCUUGGAAGGCAGAGCAAUUUUGUGUUGAUAAAAGUUAUAUAUAGUACUUUUAUAUAUAUGUUUGAAGUUUUAAAUUGGCAUCUGUUUAUAUUAUUUAAAUUCCUAUUCUUGAUUUUUACCAUGUUAUAUUUACAGAGUUCUUUGUAUAUAUUAUAUCUUUGAAGUGUAUUCCUGCUGCAAAUGGGUAGACUUAGAAUUUGACCUUUCCUCUCGCCUCUUACUUUUAAAAAGAAAAACAUAACUUUUCUACAGAAAGAAUUCUGUGUAAUAAGCUUAGCUCAGUGCUACCUCGAAAUUCCUUCUUUUUUUACAAUUUUAGUGACUUAGUCAUUAGCGAUAAAGUAUGUAUUUUCUUACAUGCAUAUGUGUAGUAAAACAUCUAAUUCACAUAUACUGCCAUUAAUGAUUUCAUUUGUAGUGCACUCGUAAAUUUAAUUUCAAGAAUUUUAAUAGAUACAGUCAAAAGUCGUUAAUUCGGACACCCAUAAUCCGGACCUCCUACAAAAUUUCUGCACAUGCCUCGUGCUGACGCGUGCACCGUAAGACCUUUACGGCUUCGCAUGUGCGUGUGUGCAUGUGCAUAGUACGUUUACACAUGCGCGUUUAAUGUAUAACGGACGGUAUAAGCUAAAAUUAUCUAAUUAUCUAUUUCAGUUAAUGUUGCAGAUUGCAUUGUUCCUUAAUCUUCGAAUUGGAUCAGGCUUAUUAU